CACCGUUCCAUUCACCUCACCAAUUUCGGUAACCUUCUCUUAUUCAUUAACAAAAAUAAAAAAGCUCUGUUUAUUGGAGAAGAUGGCCUCGAAUCCAAUUGCGACGGGAAAUGUCGACGCCGCUCCAAACUCUGACGCCAGUAACAAAUCCUCCGUCUACCUCCAAGACAUGGACGAGAUGAAGCGAGUCUUCAACCGCUUCGACACCAACGGCGACGGCAAGAUCUCCGUCAGCGAGCUGGACAACGUCCUCCGCUCCCUUGGAUCCGGCGUCCCGCCGGAGGAUCUCCAGGGCGUCAUAGACGACCUCGACACCGACCACGACGGUUUCAUUAACCUUUCCGAGUUUGCCGCGUUCUACCGCGCAGAAACCGCUGACGGUGGCGACACAGAGGUCCAGGAUGCCUUCAACAUGUACGACCAGGACAAGAACGGGCUCAUCUCCGCCACCGAGCUCUGCCAGGUUCUGAACCGCCUCGGAAUGAGCUGCACCACCGAAGAAUGCCACAACAUGAUCAAAUCCGUCGAUUCCGACGGCGACGGCAACGUGAACUUCGCGGAGUUCAAGCGCAUGAUGAGCAACAACCGCGAAAAUACUUGCUGAAGAAAAAUAGAUUAGCAGCUUCUUGCUUUCUUUCCGUAACCUCUGACUCGUAGAUCUGCGCCUCUUGUGCUCUUUCAUUACUUUUCCCUUCGUUCUGUUAUUUAUUAUGUGUUCAAUCGCCCUGAGUAGAAUUAGAAUUAGAAAUUUAAGUGAAAAAUUAUUCCAAUGUUCUCCGUU